AGAUAUAAGCUUGGAGUACGCCUGUAUUACAGAGUAAUGGAGGCUAUGCUAAAGUCGGUAAGUUUACGUCUAUCAGUGCAGAAUUUUAGCAAACUUCUGAAUGAUAACAUCUUCCACACAUCUCUUCUCGCAUGUGCUGUUGAGGUUGUCAUGGCUACAUAUGGCAGAAAUGCUUCACAAAGUGAUGGUACCAGUGCUGAAACAAACUUGUCUUUCCCAUGGAUUCUUAAUGUAUUUGAUUUAAAAGCUUUUGACUUCUACAAGGUGAUUGAAAGUUUUAUUAAAGCGGAGCCAAGCCUAACAAGGGAAAUGAUAAAGCAUCUAGAACGCUGUGAACAUCGAAUUAUGGAGUCUCUUGCUUGGCAAUCUGGGUCACCUCUGUUCGAUCUUAUCAAGCAGUCAAAAGAACGAGAAGGCCAAACUGAUCAGCCUGAGCCUACUUCCACUCUCAAUCUGCCUCUCCAGCAUAAUCACACUGCAGCAGACCUCUAUCUUUCUCCUGUGAGAUCUCCUAAGAAGAAAGCAUCGGGACCUCCUCCAACUGCUACUUCUACUCCAGAUGCUCAACCAACUGUGACCCCCCAAACACAGAAACCACAAAAAUCUACCUCCCUCUCUCUGUUCUACAAAAAAGUGUAUCUCCUGGCCUAUCUUCGACUACAUACCCUGUUCUUUCGGCUUCUCUCUGACCAUCCUGACCUGGAACCCCUGAUCUGGACCCUCUUCCAGCACACGCUGCAAAAUGAAUAUGAGCUUAUGAGAGACAGGCACUUGGACCAGAUCAUGAUGUGUUCCAUGUAUGGCAUAUGCAAAGUAAAGAAUGUAGAUCUUAGAUUUAAAAUAAUAGUUUCGGCAUACAAGGAGCUUCCCAACACAAAUCAAGAGACUUUCAAGCGUGUUCUUAUCAGGGAAGAACAGUAUGACUCCAUCAUAGUCUUCUACAACUUAGUGUUUAUGCAGAAGCUGAAAACGAACAUUUUGCAGUAUGCCUCCAACAGGCCUCCCACUCUGUCACCUAUCCCACACAUUCCUCGCAGCCCUUACCAGUUUUCCAACUCUCCUCGGCGUGUCCCUGCUGGCAAUAACAUCUACAUCUCACCCUUGAAGAGCCCAUACAAAUUCUCUGAUAGUUUUCAGUCACCCACAAAGAUGACUCCAAGGUCUAGAAUUUUGGUGUCAAUUGGUGAAUCGUUUGGGACUUCAGAAAAGUUUCAAAAAAUAAACCAGAUGGUCUGCAACAGUGACUGCCAGCUAAAACGCAGCGCAGAAGUAAGCGCUGCUCCUAAGCCACUGAAGAGGCUGCGCUUUGAUAUAGAAGGGCAAGACGAAGCAGAUGGAAGCAAACACCUACCCCAGGAGUCCAAGUUCCAACAAAAGCUUGCAGAAAUGACAUCUACUCGAACAAGAAUGCAAAAGCAGAAACUGAGUGAUGGAAAUGAUACCUCAGCCAGUGAAGAAAAGUGAGAUUCUUCUCAGGACCAGGGGCUGCACUGCAGGCCCUCUUAGCUUGUUUUUGUUUUACAGCCUUCAUUAAUUGAGUUGCUUUUUUAGUUGCUUUUUAUUCCGAACUGCUAGUUGAAAGCAUUUGGACUUUUUAAAUUUUUAAAUGUUUUUCAUGAUACUUUGCCUUAUGAUGUAGCAUGUAUACAAUGUAAGCCACUGAAUUUAAUUUAUAAAUUUUUUUGAGGAUUUUAAGAACAGACUUGGAAAGUGUCUUAGUUUCCUAUUGCAGCAUUACUGAUUUAAGCCAAUUCAGUCUACCUGGACUGAAUUUUUCUGUCUAAAGACAAAACGUUAGCUAGAAUGAUUUGAAAUGCACU